ACGUGAUACGCGAAUAUGCCACAUCACAACAUCGUCUGCGAAUGGCUGCGCACCAUUGGUCUACCGCAGUAUGCCGAAAGUUUUUUAGAGAACGGCUACGAUGAGCUGGAGAUAUGCAAACAAAUCGGAGAGAUCGAUCUGGAUGCCAUUGGUGUGGACAGUGCGGCGCAUCGUGGCAAACUGCUGAAGAGUGUGCGCACGCUGCGUGAGAAGGGUGCUGCCAUUGUCUAUGUGCUCAUCAACGAUCCGAAGGCCUUGAGCAACAGCAAUGAGAUUCUCGCCUCGGACUGUGAUACGCCUGUGACCAUGAAGGAGCUGGAGGCUGUGAUGAAGCGGCAUUUGGAGGCGGACGGCAUACGUCUGACAGCACAUCCUUACUCGACACCGGAAGGCAAGCGCGGCUAUUUGGAAGGCCUAGCGGCACAUUACAGCAAACAAAUCAACAUGCCUUACGAGGAUGUCCUGGACGCCAUUGAACAGGUGCGCCAGUCCAAGUGGAAGGAGCGUCACGUGCGCAUCUCGACGGGCCAUACGUUGACGCGACGCUCGGCCGGCACCAGCAGCGCCGGUGGCCUCAUGAGCUCCUCGGUGAUGCCCACCAGUCAUAGCCAGCCCUUGUAUGUGCCCGGCAAGUAUUUGCCAUCCAGUUGCCUGUCCAAUCGGGAGGAGAAUGAGAUCUAUAGCUACACACAGAACGAUUUGGCCAAUCGGAUGGCACGCAAUGCAAUCGACUCCAAGUCGGCGAUGAAUUUGAAUGGCAUGCAGCACAGUUAUCCGGGAGCGCGCACCAAUUUCUUUUACGACUUCUCGGCAACAGAGGGGCGCAACAAAAAUAAACAGCGACGUACAGUCUUUGCACGAUUUCUGAACGGAUUGCGCCAGAGCGGAGACGAACUGAAUGCAACGGAGGGUAUGCAGCUAAAGACCAACGAACGCCUGAAGACCUGCGGCACCAUGAAACGUCCGGAGCCUCAUCAGGAUUUUGAGAAGACCAUACAACGACUGAAAACGCAGAAAGCCGCACAGAAGAAACCCGCCAGUGCACCGCUUGACAUUAGCAUGCACGAGCGCAGCAAGGAGGUGGCACAUACGCAUGUCAACGAAAUGCCGUUAAAUAAUUAUACGAAGCAUCCCUAG